CUCGGUCAAUACUAUACGUUUUGUUUGCAUGUGUUUGCGGAAAAAAGGCGUGAGCUAUAUACUACUAGUAUUUAAGUGUUAAAUCAAUUUUCAAGAGUGACAUCAAGAAUGGAAUCUUCUCAGGGUCCUUACAAUCGUAGUGAAAAUGGAAAUAUUGUGACCACUGAAAGCGCAAGUGGCAUAUCUCAUUCAGAAAUGUGGGAAGGGAUUUGCCACGAGAAAGGUUUUGGUGUGUUGAGAGAUGAGACGGCUAAUGUGUUGUCUACACAUUUAAUUGAACAUCUUCCUGCCAAUGUUAUAUGCCUGAUUUGCCUGCAGAAACUGCGGGCAUGUACAUUUCUUGAAUGCAGGCAUCUACUUGUUUGUCAAGAUUGCCAGCAUUUCUUUACAUCUUGUCCUGUGUGCCGCAAAAAAAUUAAGUCUUUUGUGCCAACCAUUUUGGAAUUGCCAUUUAGAUCAUGACAACUGCAGGCAUAGAACCUGGAUCUCGCGCACGUUAAACAACGAAGGAUUGAGAUUAAUUUGGACAUUUGUAUAACAUUUAUUUAACAAUCUGCUUUUCUGAGAAAUGAAACAAUAAGUAUUAAACUAUCAGAGGCUGGACACCCCCACGUUUCAGUUGAAUUCAAGAGGUGGAGUGCAUCGCGGUUGUCAUAGGACAAUGUCAUGUCUUUUAUUGUCAUACAUUAGAAACUGCAAUAAGGCAUGUACAAUUUACAGUCAUUUUACUCUAAGCAUAGCUGUGAUCUGUUAAUUGUGAUCUGUUUUAUAUAGAUGUUGUCAUCAAUUUUCUUUCAUUUGUUAUUUAUGUAAUCGUUUCAAAAUGUCUUAUCUUUUUCAUUGUUUCUAACUAUUUGUUAUUUAUGUAAUCGUUUCAAUUUUUUUAAUUUAUUUUAUCGUUUCUAGCUUUUAUUUGUUACUAAAAUAUAAUAGGUUGUUGAUAAUCGGCAUUGUAGUGUUCUUAUUCGCAAUAAUUCAGCUGCUACAUUUUUAUAUAUACAUUAGACAUAAGAAGAGCAUGCUUAUAAGGUAUGAGAUGUUUUAGUUUAGGUUUUACAUUAUAAGUUUAUGGAGAAAGGAUGUAUAUGCUGUUAUUGUGUUUUGUAAAAUUUAUAUUAUGAAUUUACUCUGCCAUAUAUCAAUACGUUCAAUAUUAUCUGGUCAGUAAAUAACGAAGGGAUCAUAAGAUCAAUUGAUAUAUUUUUACACUAUGCAUUAGAAAAAAAGAUGUAUGAAUAAUUUUUGAUGUAGUAGCAAAGGUUUUAUCGUACUAGUAUUUGAUCUGGGUUUGUGUUUUACUGUUGGGGAAAAUACUUUUUCGCGUGGCGUUUGAGGGUAGCAGCAUUUUUACGAGGAAUGGUAUUUUUGCUGUUGCUCACAAACAUGAAUUUAUUCUUUUACCUAGAAAUUAAUAUUUUAUUUGGACACGGUUUCUAUUUCUUUUCACAUUUUUAACUGACAAAAUGGAAUGUUGUAUGUAACAAUCCAAAGUUUUAGUCACACUUUAAUUAAUAAGAGUUCCUCAAGAGAUAUCAACAUGAAACUUUGUAGGUAUAUAGAUCUAAAUGGAUAGAUGUACAGUGCACAUGAACUUGAACUCCGCCAUGCCAAAUUUAAAAGUUAUUGCCCUUUGUUCAUUUUCAACUUUGUUCGGGAAAUAACUCGGAAACCAUAAGAGGUAUCAACAAGAAACUUUGUAGGUUGAUAGAUCGCAUUGAUUAGAAGUGCAGUGCAAAGAACAGUACCUCUGCCUUGCCUAAUUUUGGAAUUAUUGCACUUUGAACUUUUUCCAGGGACAUAACUCUGAAACUACAAGACGUGUAAUUUCCUGUGUCCAAAACCUAUUCAGGGAGCAUCACCCGGCUCAAACCGGGCUUUUGUUUAUUAUUAUUAUGUCUUUUUUAUUUAUUCAUUAUAAUUAUUAUCAUUCUGGUAUAGGGCGAUUGACCAAAGUUAAGUUACGUUUGUAGUGUUGUGUUUUGUAAAUA